GGUUUAUUGUUUUCUAUUUGGCCGGCUUAUGUUUGUCCUACAUAAUUACCUGUUCCUUUGACCGGCCUACCUGUCCCCUCACAUCGAAUCAAUAAUCCGUCCAAAUUUCCCCAAUUGGAGAAGGAAGGACGCGGUACUACUUAAGAAGUGAGCUGAUACAUUCUCUUAUCUUUACGUGCUAUCUCCCAAUUCUGCCAUUUGCCAACUACCAGCAUCGGCGAUGGCCAAGAUCACAGGAACAGCCAUAUGUGCUCUCUUCAUCUUCUUCUCCUUCACUUGCUGCCUACCUCCUCUUGCUGGAUCCUUGUCCUUCGACUACCCAACCUUCCGCUCGGAGGACCAGAAGGCCAUCAAGAUCGAAGGUAACGCUUCCUUCAGUGUUGGGCACAUCGACAUUAGCGGCAACAACUGGGACGUCCGUAAGAGCCAGGGGCGGGCGUCGUACAGUACCCAGCCAAUGUUGCUGUGGGAUGGGCACACAGGCGAGGUGGCUAGCUUCACCACCAGCUUCUCCUUCAUCAUCAAGCCCAAGUCCAACAGCAGCAGGGGGGCUGGCAUGGCGUUCUUUCUUGCCAGCUACCCGUCGAGCUUACCGACUGGGUCUUCAGGUUACUACAACCUCGGUCUCACAAACCAAAAAGAUGGCGCUGUGGCGGCAGGCGACAACCGGUUCGUGGCGGUGGAAUUCGACACCUCCAAUGAGACCGAGGUAUCAGAUCCCGACACCACUUUGGACCACAUUGGCAUUGACAUCAACUCGUUAAAAUCGGUGAAAACAUUGCCCCUGCCAAACUUCAGCCUCAAUGGAAACAUGACUGCCACAAUCCAGUAUGACAACAUUUCAAGUAUCAUGUCUGUCACACUAUGGCUUGGUGAUGGCCAUGGCCCGAGUUACAGCCUUAGCUCCAAGGUUGAUCUCAAGAGCGCAUUGCCGGAGCUGGUUGCGGUUGGCUUCUCGGCGUCGACGGGCAAAUCCGUUGAGCUGCAUCAAUUGCUUUCUUGGCACUUCAACUCAUCGCUGGAGGGCAAGACGGCAACAGUAGUAGCACCACCGGUAUUAGCACCACCCUCCUCGAGAACUUCCGGUUCCGGGGUCAUAGCAGGAGCCGUUGCUGGGGCAUCGCUGUUCCUCGUGGUGUUCUUCGCCAUGUCAGCCUUCUUGCUACGUCGCCAUCAGAACAAGAAGAAGAGGGAGGCAAAGGACGAGGAUAUGGACUCGGAAGGCGAGGUGGUCAUGGAGAUGGAGUUUGGGACGGGGCCAAGGAGGUUCCCGUACCGGCAACUCACCAACGCGACACAGAACUUUGCAGCGGAGGAGAAGCUCGGGCAAGGUGGCUUCGGUGCGGUGUACAGAGGCCACCUGAGAGAGCUUGGCCUCCCCGUGGCCAUAAAGCGAUUCUCCAAGGAGUCAUCCAUGCAAGGGAGAAAGGAGUACACGUCGGAGAUCAAUGUCAUCAGUCGGCUGCGCCACCGGAAUCUGGUGCAGCUUGUCGGCUGGUGCCACAACCACGAUGAGCUCCUACUGGUUUACGAGCUCAUGCCCAACCGUAGCCUCGACAUCCAUCUCCACGGCAAGGGCACCUUCUUGACAUGGGCAAUGAGGAUGAAGAUAGUCCUCGAGCUUGGCUCUGCACUGCUCUACCUCCACGAGGAGUGGGAGCAAUGCGUGGUGCACAGGGACAUCAAGCCCAGCAACGUGAUGCUGGACGAGUCCUUCGGCGCUAAGCUGGGCGACUUCGGGCUCGCGAGGCUCAUCGACCAUGCUGUCGGGAUGCAGACGAUGACCAUAGUUUCCGGUACGCCGGGCUACGUGGACCCCCAGUGCCUGAUCACUGGCCGGGCAAGCUCCGAGUCGGAUGUCUACAGCUUUGGCGUGGUCCUGCUGGAGGUGGCGUGCGGGAAGAGGCCGAUGAGCACGUCCGCUGACAAGCAGGGCGUCUCCCGGCUGACCGAGUGGGUCUGGGACCUGUACGGCCAGGGAAGCGUCCUCGAGGCCGUCGACGAGCGGCUGAACGGCCACUACGAUGAAGCCGAGGUGGAGCGUGUGAUGGUCGUGGGGCUCUGGUGCGCGCACCCAGACCCGAGCGCGCGGCCGUCCAUCAGAACGGCCAUGACCACGCUGGUGUCCAAGGAUGCCAAGCAGCUGCCCGUGCUGCCGGCCAAGAUGCCUGUGCCCACGUACGCGCCGCCGAUGGCCCCGUGGGACGGCCAGUCGUCGUCUACAGGGUUGUCGACGUCCACUGUGACGCGGUCGUCUACGACGAGCGGCUACACGGGGCCAGCGCCAACGGUGAUACCCAGGGCAUGAGCACCGGCAGGUCCAUGUCGAGAUCUCUUUGUGGCGGGUCUGAACAGAAAUGUCUCCGUUCUUCAGGGCUCCAUUGUUAUUGUGAACUGAAAUGUCCAGCAUGACCGAAGAUGUGCUCGCAUCAAAUGCUCAUGACUUCCUGAGUUGUAUCAUAAACGAAACGACCGUGUGUGUUUUAC